UGUUUGGAUAGCGGCAGUUGUAACUCCGCAACCUUGACGAAGUGUCGUGUGGUAUUUGAUUGUAAAUUAAUAUGGCACAAGUUAAAAUAAGCGAUGGUGUUAUAGAGGGGGAAUACUUGAAAAAUGAGUUUGGGGGGAAUUUCUAUAGUUUUAAAGGCAUCCCUUACGCUGCACCGCCUGUUGGAGACCUAAGAUUCAAGGCACCACAGCCAGUCAUACCAUGGAAUGGAGUAUUCAAAGCCACCCAAUUGGGACCUAAGUGUUACCAAAUAUUUGACCUCUUCACAGGGCAAUUUCAACCCUCAGGCAGCGAAGAUUGCUUGUACCUUAACGUGUACACUCCAGAAAUUAAACCCGCCAAACCUCUUCCUGUAAUGGUGUACAUCCAUGGUGGAGCCUUCGUAUGUGGAAGUGGGGAUGACGACAUUUAUGGACCCGAAUUCCUGGUCAGACAAGGAGUCAUUCUCGUCACAAUCAAUUACAGGCUAGACGCACUCGGAUUUUUGUGUCUAGACACAGAAGAAAUUCCAGGCAAUGCUGGCAUGAAGGAUCAAGUGGCGGCUCUUAGAUGGGUCAACAAAAAUAUCGCUAAUUUCGGAGGAGAUCCAAACAACGUAACGAUUUUCGGCGAAAGCGCUGGCGCAGCGAGUGUAUCUUUUCACUUGAUCUCGCCCAUGUCCAAAGGACUAUUUCGAAGGGCUAUUGCGCAAAGUGGAGCAGCUAUUUGUCCAUGGGCAACUAACUUCCAACCACGCGACAGAGCUUUACUUCUAGCAAGAAAACUCGGCUCGAAUUCCGAAGACGAUAAUGAACUGAAUAAAUUUUUCAAAUCGGUACCUGUGUGGUCCCUAUGCGGACACUCAUUUCAAUUACCGAUAGUCACAGGUGAAACUCAAAAAUCUGGAAUAUAUUUUAAUAUUGUAAGUGAAAAAAAGUUUGGGAACAACGAAAGAUUUUUCUAUGAUGACCUGUAUAAAGCAGCGCGUACUGGCAUUCAUGAAGAUGUGGAAGUUAUGACCGGGUUUACAGAACACGAAGGCUUUAUAAUGAUUGCAAAUAAUCCAAUAGGUGAAACUUGUGACAAAAUUAUUGCAUUUGUCGAUUACCUUGCGCCAAAAGAUAUAAGAAACAAUUGCAAGCUAGCUGACGUGAUAGAUGUUUCAAAGAGUAUCAAAAAGUAUUACUUUGGAAAUCAAGCCCCGUCUGAAGAAAAUUGGGAAAUAAUCAAUGAUAUCGCUGGUUUUGAGUCGUUUAAAUAUGGUGUUAUACAAUCUGCAAAAUUCAGUGCAUAUCAGAAUAAGAAAACGUAUCUUUACAAGUUUACUUGUAAAUCUGAAAGGAAUAUAUUUGCUCAAAUUCUUGGCGUUGGUAAACUUGUUGGUGACAAGGCUGUGACGAGUCAUGUCGAUGACCUUGCUUAUCUAUUCCCUGAAAAAAUAUUAGAUCAUCAACCAAUUAAAGAUUCUACAAUGAAAAUGAUUGAUAAUAUAACUAGACUUUGGACGAAUUUUGCUAAAUUCGGAAAUCCCACUCCCGACGAGAGUCUGGGCGUUCGAUGGGAGCCCUAUACUCUGCAAACCCAGAAGUAUCUGAACAUUGGCAACUCCUUGGAAAUGGGUGAACAACCGGAUAAAGCAGAAUCGGACUUCUGGGAAAGUUUUCACAGGAAAUAUGUUCCUGAUCAACUGUUAGAUGAAUCGUCGUGGUUAUCUUCUAUGAAUGUUGAAGUUAAAUAUUCAGACUCUAACAGGAAUGCAAAUCUUAUCAGCGUUAGUGGACAGACAUCUACACUUUUUAAUUCAUUCAAAAUGGUACAAGUGAAAAUAAAUGAUGGUAUUUUGGAAGGAGAGCAUAUUGAAAAUGAAUUAGGAGAGAAAUUUUACAGUUUCAAAGGAAUCCCUUAUGCCGCCCCACCUAUUGGAAACCUCAGAUUUAAGGCGCCACAGCCAGUGACACCAUGGCAGGGAGUACGAAAGGCCCUGGAGUUCGGCCCUGUUUGUUAUCAAGCGAUAGAUCUAAUAACACUACAAGUAAAUCCUAUAGGCAGUGAAGACUGCUUAUACAUUAAUGUUUACACUCCAGAACUUAAACCUGAUAAACCUCUACCAGUCAUGUUUUUCAUUCACGGCGGAGGUUUCAUAUGUGGCAGUGGAAAUGACGAUUUAUACGGCCCAGAAUUUUUGGUCAAACAAGGCGUUAUACUCGUCACUUUUAACUACAGACUUGAAGCACUAGGAUUUUUGUGUCUCGACACUGAAGAGAUACCUGGUAACGCUGGUAUGAAGGAUCAAGUGGCUGCUCUUAAAUGGGUCAAAAAUAAUAUCAGCCAUUUUGGUGGAGAUCCAAACAACGUCACCAUUUUUGGAGAAAGUGCAGGGGGUGCAAGUGUUAGUUUUCAUUUAAUUUCUCCUAUGUCUAAAGGAUUAUUCAAAAGAGCUAUAGUCCAAAGCGGUGUCGCAACUAAUCCAUGGGGAUUGCUCUUUCAACCACGAGAAUUGGGUUUGGCUUUAGCAAGAAGUUUAGGUCAUAAGUCCGAAGAUGAUGCAGAAUUGAAUAACUUUUUCAAAACGGUCCCUGUAACAUCUUUAAGCCCUGUCCAAGUAAAAUUGACUACAAUUGAAACUGAAAAGCCCGCUUUAAUUUUAUUUGGCAUAGUAAGCGAAAAGGACUUUGGAGGCAAUGAAAGAUUUUUCUAUGGUGACGUACACGAUGUGGUACGUAAUGGGAUUCAUGAAGAUGUAGAAAUCAUGGUCGGGUACACGACUGACGAAGGCCUCAUAACGUUGGCUCAUGUCGGCCAAAUGUCUGAUGUAUUCAACAAAAUUAACACCUUUGCCGAUUAUCUGGUUCCGAGAGACAUUCAAAUCAACUGUAAGUUAGCUGAACAGAUUGAAGCUUCGAAGUGCGUCAAGAAAUUUCAUUUCGGUAACGAAUACCCAACCGAAGACAAAUGGUACUCCUUUCAGCAAAUCUUGGACUUUGAAAUGUUCAAGCAUGGUCUGAUUCAAUUUGCAAAGUUUUCCGCAAAUCAGAAACGGAAAACAUUUUUCUACAAGUUCGCUUGUAUAUCAGAAAGAAGCAAGUUCGCUCAAGUCAUCGGUUUGGGUAAACUCAUCGGAGACAAGGCAGUGACUUGCCAUGGAGAUGACUUAGCAUAUCUGUUUCCUGAACAAUUAUUGAACCACGAACCUUUAACAGAUUUUACUAUGAAACUCAUUGAGACCACAACCAAACUUUGGACUAAUUUUGCUAAAUUUGGUAACCCAACUCCUGACGACUCUCUUGGGGUCCAAUGGGUUCCGUUCACUGUGGAAAAGCAGGAGUACCUGAACAUCGCCAACACGCUGUCAUUGGAAGAGCAACCGGACAGAAAAGAAGCGAAGUUCUGGGAAAGUCUUCAUAGGAAAUAUGUGCCCAAUCAUGUUUUAUAAAGAAGAUUGGAUUUUUUUUAUAAGAUAUGUUAAAGAAAUUGAGAAUUUGUAAUUCACUGUAAAUGAGUUUUCAUAUAACCAUAAAAUCUGAAUGAUG